UGGGCACCAUGGAAACCGCUCUUAGCUUGUGUCAUUUCUUUCUUCAGUCUCUAUAACAGUUUGAGAGCUACAGGAGUACGGAAUGACUGAUGACAUUCUCAGUUAGCUGGUUAUCUGUUAUCGUUAUUUGACCAUCUAGUUAGUUCGCUAGCUAGCUAAUCUUGUUUAGUUUGAUCUAGCUAGCUAGUUAGGUUAGUGACAGUUGGUAAACUGGUUAGCUAGCUACAUUAGCCAAGGUUACGUAUUAGCUAGCUAACGUUAGCUAGCUACUAGUUUUUUUUUGCUUGGAAGACGUUGUUGUCAAGAGGUGGUCCACAGAACAAAGACUCGAAUCAAUGCUCGAAUCAAUAAAAGUCACUGAAAGGCUCCAUUGGCCAGAGAUGGAGCAGUCUAAGAAGUACCUCCUGAGCUUGACAGUGCCGGUAGAGAUGGAGAUCUCUAAGAAGUACUCAAGCCCCACUGUGCCGGACAAGCAGCCUCUGAGCCCCACUCAGGUGUGCCUGGAGAAGCUGUCCUCCAGCAUCCUCAAGGACCUCUUCACCACAGGAACCAGCAGCUACAAUGUGCUCCUGCAGGGCGAGGAGGAGGAGAGACAGAGCCCAAAGCACUCCCCGUACCGCAGGCCCAAGAAGACUGUGAGAUGUGCCUCUACAUCCAGCAGGUCACACGAUAACCACCACCAUCCGUCUGUAACUCCUCUGUUACUGUUGGGCCAGCAGGGCAGCGGAGACACCAGGGACACCAGGCACUCCUCCCACCACCAUAUCUUCUCCUCCGCCUCAGGGGGCUUUGCCAGCGGACAAAAGGCAGCCCACAGCAUCAGGGUCCUGGGUAGCACCAUGGGCCUGUCCCCCCGCCCUGUCACCCGGCCACGGAAGACCUGCUUUUCCAGCUCACCCCGUACCAAGCUGCCCUCGCUGCCCAGAGGAGGGGUGAUGCGGGAAGGGGAGAACGCCGGAAUCAAGAAGCUUUGCAUCCUCACUGCCAUCAAGCCGUCCAACGUGGAGAAGGAGAAGGUGAAGUUCUUCAAGUCGGACUUUAGCUACAAUCCUCAGUUUGAGUACAGCAACCCUGUGUCUCCGCUGGUGCUGGCUCGCCACAACAAUGCCUCCGACCGCUUCCUGACACAGGCGGUGCGUAUCAUGGAGUUGGCCCUCCAGAAGUAUGGGAAUUAUGAGAAGUUUGAGCAAGCCACAGGAGGCAACCUGCUCACCAAGUGCCGUAUCUGGUACCUGGUCAAGAAGUACAUGGAAAAGGAGGGUUGUAUUGGGGAGAUAGUGGUCAACGUGACAGACGACCUCCUCUCCAGAGCGUCCAUGACGGUGGUGAACAGCCGGCCCACUCUGACCAUCAACAUUGCCACAGCCCGGGAACACUGGCUGGAGGGCAUGCUACGACACGAGAUCGGCACACACUACUUCCGGGGCAUCAACAACGCCCAGCAGCCGUGGAACAGCGGAGUCGGCAGGAAGAAGCACAACCUCCGACCUUUGAACCCCACGGAGGAGGGGCUGGCCAGCAUCCACUCUGUCCUGUUCCGUAAGGACCCUACCCUGUGGAGGGCUGCCUUGCUCUACUACACUGUGUACCAGGCCAGCCGCAUGUCCUUCUCUCAGCUGUUCCACAGCCUGGGACGCUUCGUCCAGGACCCCAACACACGCUGGGACUAUUGUGUACGAGCCAAGAGGGGACAGACCAACACCGCACAGCCAGGUUGUUUCAGUAAGGACCAGGUUUACCUGGAUGGCAUCCUGAAGAUCCUGAGACACAGAGAGAAGAUUGACUUCCAGCUGCUAAUGUCUCUGGGGAAGGUGUCGUACGAGGACGUGGAUCGGCUGAAAGGCCUGGCGCAGAUGGAGCCCGUGAGGAUACCUCACUUCCUGCAGGACACAGCGUGCUACGCUGAACAGCUGGAGAAGAUCAUGGAGGUCAACCAGCUGACUGAUGAGGAGCUCAGGGUGCUCAUCCGAGACAUGGAGGACUAGUGGGCCUGCACACUCAGUUACUCCAACACAUAGCUUUUAUAGGUUAACAGCAACCGGACCAAGAUCCAUUUGGGAUUGAAACGUUUUGUAAAUAACAAAGGCAGAGAGGUUGUUAUAAGGUUGUUAUAAAGGUAUGUGUUGGAGUACGUGAGUGUGCGGGUUCUUCUGUCCCAGUACCCCAUGAAAAGUGACCAUAUGCUCCUCAUCUGAGCAUACCCAGAAAGAAGUGACCCCUGACCCUCCAGCAUGCCACACUUCCACCGAGCUACUGAGCUACCGAAACCUCAUUAAAGUCAGUGACAUCAUUCACAGUGACAACCCUGCAUCUCUCACUACCAUCCCCAACAGGCAAAAUGGCAUAUGAUGUCAUGAUGAUGUAGUUUCCUGGUUGAAAACUGGUUUUCUACUACGUAUGGUAGCUGUGUGACGUGACAUGACUUGUGCAGCGUACUGUAUUGUAUGUAGGAUUUCCCUCUCCAUAUUUCUCCAUCUCUCUAUCUCUCUCUUGCACCCCAAAGGUAAGUGCACUUCUAUUUUCAAUCUUCUGUUCCAAAGACUAAUGGGUUCCUAUGCUUUUACUGUGCCCUUGGUUGGUUGCUGUUCUUAUAGUUGAUGUUCAGGGAAUUACCCAUGAACCAGAGAGAGUGUGUGGUUGUCAGGAUCGGGCUGCAGUAAGAGACAUACAGGAGAGAGAUGGCUAUGGUAUCAUAAAAGCACAACACUGAUUCAUGAUGUGCCAGGUCACAGUGGAGGAAGGCAUGUGGAAGAGGCAAACUAACGAAGCACAAGACAGCAGCAUAGUGCUGAGAUAGUAGGAUUGUGAUAGCAUAGAAGUGCAUUGUGGAUCAUAUGUAUUUGUGCCCCGUUGAUGUAUCCGGCAAGAGGUUACCUUGGUGCAGCAGCAUCAAUCCCUUCAAACACCCACCGUCUUAAGAUUUGCACUUUUCUCUUCAGCAUUUAUAACCUUUCACCUAUGAACUUUGAACUGCUUUGUUUCUGGCAGUUUCCUUAGAGAAAACCUUAUAACCUUACACUGAUAAACUCUCCUUGCUGCAUUUUAAAACCAACCAAUAGGCCUAGUGUUUUUAAAGGCACAGUACAACAGUAAUAUUGUACUGUAAUGUUUUUCUCCAUUUGUCAAACAUGAUUGACAGGUUGUUGAUGUUCUUGCUUUUGGUACCUGUUAUGAGAACUGAACACUGUGAUAUUUGAUAAAUAUUGUUCUAUUGACACUUCCACCUAGCCUGGUCCUAGAUCAGUUUGUGCUGUCUUGCCAAUAGUUAUUUCUAAUGACCAUAGGAGUGGGCAGGACAUCACAAACUGAUCUGGGACCAGUCUAAUUUUGACCUGAUGUAGGUAGCAUGUUUGCUGCCGAUACUUCACCACAAAUGGCCCUGGGCAUGAUCCAACUGUAUGAUGAGCACUAUGUAUUGUAUUGCACUGUAUUUUAAUACCUCCUGAUGUUCACUGAAGCCCCGGGAAACCCUAAUAAAGUGGAUCCAUCAC